AGGCUUCUUCUUCGUCCCUACUCACAGUAACUCAAACACCAAAUUGUUUAAGUAGCCAUGAACAAGUUGAAGAAAUCUCAAACUCUGGUACUAUCUGUUGUAGCAGCACUUUUAUUCAUCGCACCGCUUUUAUCUUCAUCCUCCAGGCCUACUUAUCUUUACUUCGUCCUCAACCUUGUCAUCCUAUCGCUCGGAGCCGAAGCCAGUUUAGGAUCGGUGUUCACUAGGCCUUCUGACGUUGCUGCAAAGGUGUCGACGACACAAGCAGCUAAGGGCACCGUCGAAAGCAAAGAUGAUCCAAAAAAGAUUUCUCCUACAGCAGUUAGUGAAAACAAAGGAAAGAAAAUCGUCGACAAAUCCGUGGUGGAGAAGAAGAUCGAUUUCGGGUCGAUCAAGGCGGAGAGAGUGAGCCUUUUCUUUAUAGAAAAUGGAGAAACCGACCCCGAAGCUGUUAACCGGCAAGACCUCGAGGAAUAAAAAGAAGAUGUUGGAGUGCUUAGUGGGCCUGAGUUGUUUGCCAAAUCCGAAACUUUCAUUGGAAACUUUUACCAGCAGUUGAAUAUGCAGAGGGAAGAGUCCUGGAAGAAGAUUCAUGGAUCUUACCAAAGGCAUUUUGAAGUGUAUCUCUCUUCAAAUCUU